CUUUUUUCUUAAUUCUCUGCUACUUCUUGUGUUAAUUAUUGAGUUUGAAAUAACAAUUACAGUUUAUGAGUUGAACUUGAUCUAGGUGUUAAUCGUUUAGCUUGAUCAUCGAUUACGGAAUCUUCAAGUUGAUAUCGGAUUACUUGUUGGUUAAAAUCGGCUUGCUUUUAAUUUUGUCAUGUGAUAAUUAGAGUUGUUAACUAUGUUUAAGACCUUAUUAGAGAAUGGAAUUACUGUGUAAUUCAAAAUUGAAAAGCUAGGUAUUCAACUGUUUUGACUAAUUUUGUAGAGGCGUUAAUCAGGUGUUGGUGUUGGAUAGGGAAAUGAGUAACAGAGUUGGAGAGUGUCCUUUUCUAGGGAACUACAGGGUUGGAAAAACACUUGGCCAUGGAUCCUUCGGUAAAGUCAAAAUUGCUGAGCAUUUGCUCACUGGGCACAAAGUGGCUAUCAAAAUCCUUAACCGUCGAAAAAUGAAGACUCCCGACAUGGAGGAAAAACUGAGAAGAGAAAUAAAAAUAUGUAGAUUAUUUGUGCAUCCACAUGUCAUACGACUCUAUGAAGUGAUAGAGACAUCAACAGAUAUAUAUGUUGUGAUGGAGUAUGUUAAGUCUGGGGAGCUCUUUGAUUAUAUUGUAGAAAAGGGCAGGUUGCAGGAAGAAGAAGCUCGGCAUUUUUUUCAGCAGAUUAUUGCUGGUGUGGAGUACUGCCAUAGGAAUAGGGUGGUUCAUCGGGACCUUAAGCCUGAAAAUCUGCUUUUGGAUGCAAGACGCAAUGUAAAGAUAGCAGAUUUUGGCUUGAGCAACAUUAUGCGAGAUGGUCAUUUUCUGAAGACAAGUUGUGGAAGUCCAAAUUAUGCAGCUCCUGAGGUUGUCUCUGGGAAACUUUAUGCUGGUCCGGAGGUAGAUGUUUGGAGUUGUGGCGUUAUCUUAUAUGCUCUUCUUUGUGGUACACUUCCUUUCGACGAUGAGAAUAUUCCUAACCUUUUCAAGAAAAUAAAGGGUGGACUCUACACCCUUCCAAGUCAUCUGUCACCUUUAGCUAGGGAUUUGAUACCAAGGAUGCUAAUUGUUGACCCUGUGAAGCGCAUAUCCAUAUCUGAUAUUCGUCAGCACCAGUGGUUCAAAAUUCAUCUUCCUCGUUAUUUGGCGGUUCCUCCACCUGAUGCUACGCAACAUCUUAAAAAGGAUCAGGGAAAACUUAUGUUUCUUGCUGCCAUCGCAGAGAAUCUCGUUUUGACUGGAGAUGCCAAAAACUUGUCAUAUCCCCUUGACGAGGAAAUUGUCCAGCGUGUAACUAGGAUGGGGUUUGAUAGAGACCAGUUGCUCGAAUCCUUGCAAAAGAGAACACAAGAUGAUGCUACUGUUGCAUACUAUCUGCUGUAUGACAACCGUUCCAUGGCUUCCAGUGGCUAUCUAGGAGCUGAGUUUCAGGAAUCUGUGGAUUGUUAUUCCCCAGGAUUGUUUCCAAAUCUUGAUCUACAACUGUCUACUGGGAACGGAAUUUCUCAAGAAUCAAGUUUGAGACACCCAUUUUCCAAAGAGAAAAAAUGGCUAGUUGGACUUCAGUCUCCAGCAAAUCCAAGGGAGAUCAUGAAUCAGGUUCUUGGGACUCUACAAGAACUAAAUGUUCGAUGGAAAAAAAUUGGGCACUAUAAUAUGAAGUGUUUAUGGUGUCAUGAUCUGGAUCUUCAUAGCAUGACCAGCAAUCAUAUGAAUGAUGAUCAUUUUAUUAGCAAUGCAACUGCCAUAAGUACACAUUUACAGCCACAACCUGCUGUGAAGUUUGAAAUGCAGCUCUACAAAACUCAGGACGAAAAAUACCUGCUUGAUCUCCAAAGAAUUAGCGGUCCACAGUUCCUAUUCCUGGAUUUCUGUGCUGUUUUCAUUAUUCAGCUGGAGGCACCACAAUGAUUGGAAAGACGAGGAUGUCUGGUGCAAUUGUGUAUUUUGUUAACAAUAAGAAACUUUGUUGUACAUAUCAAUGUUAAUGGGUUUGUAAUGUUCCUUUCCUAUACUUUUAACAAUUUUGUGAUCAUGUUUCUAUAGUUCUGGCUUUUGCCAGAUGUGCACACAUGAUAUACUUUCUCAGUAAAAGUGCGGGUCUCUCAUUCCCACUAAUUUUAGAA